AUGGCGAGAAGACUGGAAGAUAUAUCGUGUAAGAUAGAUGCUGUACCACCGCAAAUUUCAGUGACAGAUGUUCUUGGAGGACAAGUGACGUUAAUAAGUUGCUCGCCUUCUCCGUCUCCAUCACCGGAUUCACUCGAAGAUACAUUACCUCAUUACAACACUCUUCCGAGUUUUAUUAUUUCAGAGCCGUGCGAUCCUUCGAGACCUAGUAUAACACGCGGUAUCGGUAGACCACACAAUACGAUACCUACUGAAGUCGAAGUUCCUUUAUCUGAUGAGUCAAGCAGAUUAAAUUCCGAAACUAUAUUAGGUCGUGUUAAACAAAUAAUAGAUGCAAGAGCGCCACCGAAAGGUUUUAUAUUUUCAAGAGAGGAAGUGAAAGGUAGUGGACUUAGUUUAGAAUAUCCAGGUGGUGUACAAAUUGAACUUAGGGUAUUUGAAUCGGAAGAAAGAGAAACGAAAGGAAUAAAAAUGCGUAGGAUUAGUGGGGACCAAUUGCAAUAUAGUCAACUUUGUCAGCAAUUGAUUUCAUGUAUUACUGUUUGACGACAACCAGCAUAUAAUAUAUGUUUUUUCAUACAUUACGUUACAUUCCUAGUGUAUCAUACACUAUUCAUUACAGUAUUGCAAAUACUGCAUAUACACAAAUGGUAUUUUGAAAUUACCAUCCUUUAUAUAUAAUAACAUUACUGUGUUAUUAUAUUUGUGUAACAUUUAAUGUAUUAUACGGUUUUUAGUGUUUGUUUCAAGAGAUACAUACCAUCUACUUAUACAAAAAUUUAUGAAAUUGUAAAUAAAGAAAUAUAUUAGUUA